AUGAGUGUCUCUGUGCUGAGCCCCACAAGACUCCUGGGCAGUGCCGCUGGGCUCCUGCAGGUGGCCUCCCUGCUGGCUCUUGUUCUGCUGCUGCUCAAGGCAGCCCAGCUGUACCUGCGCAGGCAGUGGCUGCUCAAAGCUGUCCAGGAGUUCCCGUCCCCUCCUUCCCACUGGCUGUUUGGGCACAUCCAGGAGUUCCAAAAGGACCAGGAGAUACAACAGUUUCAGAAAUGGGUAGAGAAAUUCCCAUGUGCCUGUCCUCGCUGGAUGUGGGGGAGCAAGGUCAUCGUCAACAUUUAUGACCCUGACUACAUGAAGGUGGUCCUGGGAAGAUCAGACCCAAAGAAUCCUGUUUUGUCUAGAUUACUGGCUCCCUGGAUUGGAUAUGGUUUGCUCCUGCUGAAUGGGCAGACCUGGUUACAACACAGGCGGAUGCUAACCCCAGCCUUCCACUAUGACAUCCUGAAGCCCUACGUGGGGCACAUGGCAGACUCUGUCCGAGUGAUGCUGGACAAAUGGGAGGAGCUCAUCAGUCAAGACUCUCAUCUGGAGAUCUUGGAACACAUCUCUUUGAUGACCUUGGACACCAUCAUGAAGUGUGCCUUCAGCCAGCAGAGCAGCAUUCAGUUGGACAGGAAAUACCAAUCCAAAUCCUACAUUAAGGCCAUUGAGGUUAUGAAAAAUCUUUUUUAUUCUCGAGUGAGGAAUUUCUUCUACCAGAAUGACAUCAUCUACUCAUUGACACCUGAUGGCCUCAGGAACAAGUGGGCCUGCCAGCUUGCCCAUCGACACACAGACCAAGUGGUCAAACUGAGAAAGGCGUAUCUGCAAGAUGAGGAAGAUCUUGAGAGGGUCAGGAGAAAGAAGAAGUUGGAUUUCCUGGACAUCCUCCUCUUUGCCAGAAUGAAGAAUGGAAGUAGCUUGUCUGACAAGGACCUUCGUGCUGAAGUGGAUACAUUCAUGUUCGGGGGACAUGACACCACAGCCAGUGGCAUCUCCUGGAUUCUCUAUGCUCUGGCUUCCCACCCAGAGCAUCAACAGAGGUGUCGCCAGGAGAUUCAGAGCCUCCUAGGGGAUGGUGCCUCCAUCACCUGGGAUCAUCUGGAUCAGAUGCCCUAUACCACCAUGUGCAUUAAGGAGUCACUGCGACUCUAUCCUCCUGCACCAAUAGUUGGCAGAGAGCUCAGCAAGCCCAUCACCUUUCCUGAUGGACGCUCCUUACCCAAAGGAAUCCAUGUCUCACUUAACAUUUAUGCACUUCACCAUAAUCCAAAAGUGUGGCCUGAUCCAGAGGUGUUUGACCCUUCCCGUUUUGCACCGGGUUCUGAUUCACACAGCCAUGCUUUCCUGCCCUUUUCAGGAGGAUCAAGGAACUGCAUUGGGAAGCAUUUUGCCAUGAAUGAGUUGAAGGUGGCUGUGGCCUUGACCCUGCUUCGUUUUGAGCUGGCGACAGAUCCUCUCCAAGUCCCCAUCCCCCUCCAAAAACUGAUCUUGGAUUCCAAGAAUGGGAUCCACCUGCUACUCAAAAAGCUUGUCUAG